GCACAUGCACGGGCGGUGCAGUACAGCCGAGAAUCCCGCAGCGCGUGUUUGUUUUUAAUUUUCGUGAGCCACGAUAUCCGACCAAAUAGAAUUUUCUUCGACAAUAGAAUCUCCGACUCGUGAGAGAGGCCUGUACCCUCUCUAGUUUUUCUUCUCUCUCUCUCUCUCUCUCCCUCUCUUUCUUUCUCUCUUUCUCUAUCUUCUAUUCUCUCUUCUUCUCUAUCUCUCUCUUUCUCUCUGUUUCUUCUCUCUUUCUCAGUUGUCUAAUUCUUUUGCCUUUCCCUCUCCCUGUUUGUUUUUUUCCGUUUCUUCUCUCCUCUCUUUCUCUAUCCCCCUUCUCUUCUCCUUCCCCAUCCUCCUCUCCUCCUCCCUCCUCCCACCCCUACUCUCUUACCAGUCCUUUCUGUUUCUGUCGCUCCCGCUUUCCUCUCUCUGUCUCUCUUUCCCCGCGUCGCCCCUACUCCCCAGCCCCUCUCUUCCUCCUCCCGAUCGUCGUUUUCCUCCUCCUCCUGCCGCUCACACAUAGUAUACUGACUCCGCUAUUUCUAAAAACGUAACGCAAUCGUGGCGACGUAUGCGAGGAGCGCGCCAGAGAGAAACCACGAGUGAGGAGGCGCGACGUACGAAUAUAUCGAGUUAUAUUAUAUCGAGAAAUUGUGCGAGUACACGGGAAUCGAAGUGUGAAUAUAACACGACAGUGAAGAACGGGGAAGGAUCGACGUAAAAACGUUGUGCGAAAACUGAACGUGAAAAGAACGAAGAGUUGUAUUGGAUUUUAAUCGCAACGCCGUCUCCCUCUUGCUCAUUUACGUUUAACUCACUCUCUUUUUCUCUCUCUCUCUAUCUUUCUUUCUCUCUCCUCUCUCUUCUCUGUAUCUUUUUCUUUCUAUCUUACUAUCUAUUAUAUCUCUCACUCUCUGUCUUUCUUCUCGUCUCCCUUGAUCUGCGAGAAAAUAUUUUUGGAUCACCUCCAACCUAUCUACUAUUUUUCGCGUGACCGCCAUAGGAGUAAUCAAGUAAUUGCAAUGUGUGAUAAUACUAACACGACGACGCAGAGUAUAGCGGACUACUUGUCACAGUUACUAAAAGACAGAAAGCAGUUAGCUGCUUUCCCUAAUGUCUUCAUACAUGUAGAGCGCCUACUAGACGAAGAAAUCGCAAAGGUGCGGGCGAGUCUAUUUCAAAUCAGCGGCGUCAAGAAAGAACCGCUGGUUUUGCCGGAACCGGAGGGCGAGAUCACAACGUUGACAGAGAAAGUUUAUGUACCUGUUAAAGAACACCCAGACUUUAACUUCGUCGGGAGAAUUCUUGGACCACGCGGGAUGACAGCUAAGCAAUUAGAACAAGAGACAGGAUGCAAGAUUAUGGUGCGGGGUAAAGGAUCCAUGAGGGACAAGAAGAAGGAGGAGUUAAACCGAGGUAAACCAAACUGGGAGCACCUAACGGAUGAACUGCAUGUUUUAUUAACAGUCGAUGAUACUGAAAAUCGUGCCACAUUAAAACUUGCCAGAGCUGUGGAGGAAGUCAAGAAACUCCUUGUUCCCGUGCAGGCUGAUGGGGAGGAUGAACUGAAGAAGCGACAGUUGAUGGAGCUUGCAAUCAUAAACGGUACCUACCGGGAUUCCAACACGAAAGUGGCUGCUGUUACAGACCUAUUGAACGUUUCAGCCUGCGACGAGGAAUGGAGACGUGUUGCCGCCGCUGCAGCAGAAACGCAGCGGCUUCUGCCCGGUUUGGCCACUCCGAUGAGGACACCAAGUGCACCACUGGGUGCACCAUUAAUCCUGUCACCACGGAUAUCGGUGCCAACGACUGCAGCCUCUCUUCUGAACGGUUCGGGUCCACCGGGUUCCCUUCUCUCGGCUGGUGACCCCCAUGGAUUGAUCUACACACCAUAUGCUGACUACGCCAACUAUGCAGCCCUGGCAGGAUCACCUCUGCUCACGGAGUACACAACUGCUGAUCAUUCUGGUGCGGCAGCGGCAGCUGCGAAACAGCGUAGGCACCUGGGUCAGAUUCGCGAGCACCCUUAUCAAAGGGCUGGUGCUUUGUCGUGAAUUCGGAGAGCGCAAUCACUAUACCUGUACGCGCCUCCGCACAGAGGCUUGGAGUGCUAACAAUGGAAUCCACUCGCCCAGUGCUAACACCUGGACUCUGGAACAACAUCCGCGUUCGAUUGAUUCACCAACCAGAUGACCACCUUCGUCGUUCGCAUCACCAGCCCUGUUCGUCAAGUUAUUAUCCAUCCUGUAUCCUUUCCGUGCUUUGAGAAAUUGUGUAAUUUCGAUUUGCGAAUUUUUCUUCCAAUCGGGGCAAAAAUAUUUUACUCACUGUUCGGAUGAAUAGAUCCAUCGCAUCAAAAUUGUUCUAUACAAAAAGUAAUCAAAACCACAAUGUCACAGUACAGUAAAAGCCGGAAACGUGUCUCGGAACAACUAUCUUAAUUGAAAAAAAAAAAAUAAAAAACAAAAAACAAUGGAAUUCUCAAUUUGCAUGAGCAACAGUCUCGAGAGAGCCUCGUAUUUAAAAGAGAUUUAUAUACAUAUGUUAACGUUACUAUUUCUAGUUUUACUUGUGUGUUAGUUUGAAUAUGAAAAAAUUUUUCAUAGUAUUAACAAGGAUAUCGACAUAAUUUAUUACUAUUAAUUCUUUUGCCCCCAUCACGUGUAACAAUUACUUUGGUGUUUUGUAAGCACGGAGUUACUCAAACGUUUACUUACGUCUAAAGCACACUUUCUGAUUUCUCAUAGAAUCUUUCGCAUCUAAGGAAAAUGGUUCGACUUUCUAACGUUAGAAUGUUAACUUAUUUAUUGUUCAGAUACAAACCUUAUAGUCCCUUAUAUCUCUGUAAGGAAGUGGGACGUUUCUCAAGGUGUGAUAUAAUCAGAAAACGCAGCGUAUCAUCGAGAAACAAAAGGAAAUCUGUCUUUUGCUAUGUGUUGAAUACUCAUUUAGAUGCGAGGUACCCAACGUUGACUAAUUAAGAGUCUGUUUGGUCAUACCAAUGAAUUAUUAUUAUAUUUGUCAGAAUUCUGACAAUAAACGAAAGCAUAACAUGAUAAGCCAGUCCUUUGGUAAGUUUCAUUCUUGGAUCACUGAAACAAUUCGGUUGACUUGUUUUUACUCCAAAGUACUUUAUUAAACAAUUUAGUAAUUAAAGUGUGUAAAAAGCAGGUCAUAGCAUACCAUAUUCUACAGUAGUAUUUGAAACGAUUUAAUUAGUUGGAACAAUUCGUCCAUUAAAUAGAUGUUCAUGCAGUUCAGCAAUCGAUUAUAGCACAGGUACUUAUUUUAUUACAGGUAUAACUAGGGUAUACAUAGCUAAAGAUUUAUUCUUAAAUAAGAGUGGAAAAGAGGGUUGCUUUACCAAUUGAAUUUAUUUGUUUCUUUUCUGUUGUAUCACACCUUCUGUACUCUGAGUCAGCAAGAUUUUAAGAUUAUGCCAGACUAAGUUUAACGAAUUUUGCCAUCUAUAUGUAUAUAUAUCCGUUUGAGUCCCAGGGGUCAUUGAAAAAAACACUAUUAUUUUAUAAAUAUUUCAAGUUUUGUUCAAUAAAAAUUAUUGAAAUGUCUGAGACUUUUCGACGCAAAAUUUAUAUAGCGCGAUCGCACUGCUUGGGUCCCAAACGGAUGUAUAUGAUGAAAGUAAUUAUGAGUUUGUCUCAUUGUGUCUGGACAGAUUAAUGUUUUUAGUACUUAUAUUGAUAGAAAACAUCAGAAUGAAGAGGAAAUAAGACGAGAAAUUGAAAUAGUUUAAUGUAUUUCGUACAAUUAAUGGAAUAGCAUGUUCAUAUAUGUAAUAGGUGCAAUAUGAAAUUUGAAAAUUUG